AUGGAGAUAUUAUUCGUUCUUUACACCGCGACACCAAAACAAAAAAACGGCUUAAAUGGUUUUUUACAAGCUAUUUUCAACCUCUUAACUGGAUACAGUGAAAAAGUGCGUGCCUACAACACUCAAUUUCUUUUUGGUUUUGGUCGUGAACAAUUGGGAUUUACUUUGCCUUUCUAUGUUACUAUUGCUCUUUUAGCCGCUUUAAUUCAUACUUAUGGUUAUAGUUUAAUUUUCAGAGCCCGAGCCACGCCGGAGAACUACAAAACUAAGAGAAGUUUAGAAGACAAAAAUUUUGAAUUAGAAGAAGAUAUUAAAAAGGAGAGCAAUCCAGAAAUUAAGCAAACAAAAGAACAAAAAAUUCACCAAGAACAACAGAAAAUUCUUACUCUUCAAAAAAAAAACGCGCUACUUACUACUCACUUAAAAAUCAAAACCGGCAGUAAUUUCUUAGAAGAAUAUCCUAAAGAAGAAAUUGAUAUGUAUUUAAUGAACAAGGAAGAAUUAAAAAAUACUUUAGAAAAAGAAAUUUCUAAAAGAGAACAAGAAAUCAUUUCAACUGAUAAUAAAAGAGUAAAAAAAUAUUUGAUCUAUCUCAAAAAACGCCAAGAACGAACUGAAAAAGAAAUUUACGAAAAAACUCCAAUGGGCUAUCUUAAAGGAUAUGUAAAAUAUGUAUCAAAUAAUGAAAAACUCUGA